GCUUGCACACAGAAAGGGGUUUGGGAAAGAUAAAGAAGCAGCAACUUAUGAAAAAGCAAGUUUCUGGUCAGACCCAAACAUUUCCCAACCCAUCCUUAGUGACAAAGUAACAUAUUUUCAAUAUUUUGUAAAUGAUUAUUAGAACUUGGUCGUUUUCUUUUGUUCCAACUUUUCCCCAACCUUUUUGGUUUGGUUUUUGUAUCUUGGAACACCUUUCCCGGUCUAAGCUCUGGUUCUUUCCCAUGUCCUUUUGUUUUUAAAAGCAACCACUCCUCUCAAUAUUCCAACACACGCUCAUUCUACAUUGCUUAACCACAAUAUCUCUUUCAUAAUGGCCAAAGAACCUUCUCUGUGCCUCUUCUUCCUCUCUUUUCUCAUUCUCCUUUCUUCCGGAACUGCAUCUUCACCCUCUGUUGCUGCCUCAUUCCUCCACCCAACCAAGAUCUUCAAAUCUCAGAUUCGGUUUUCUGUUUCUGAUUACAACAUUUUGACCACUCUCACAGGCACCAACCUGUCAGUUGAUUUCUUCUUAAACGAAAAUUUUGUUUCUUCAAAAUCAUCUCCAGUUGCAUGGAUGAAAGUUCAUCUUUUGAAUAUUCUUCCCCAAGUGGACAUCCGCACCGUCAUUGUUAGAUGUGGCAGUGUGUGCUUAGGCCGAGAUCAGAUGCCUUUGCUCAUACCUGUUAUGGAAUCAAUUCAUUCGUUUCUCAGCAAUCUUCAACUGGGGAGGGAAGUAAAAGUCUCCGUGGCAUUUCCGCUUUCGUUCCUAGAGAAUUUGAAUGCAUCAUAUGAAAAUGAUCUUCUUAAGAUUGUUGCGUUUGUAAAGAAAAUAGAUUCGUUUAUCAUGCUAGAAGACGCCAAUGAUGGGGAAUUGGGAACUGUUCGAUCUGUUAUUGAAAGAACCAUACUUACUUCUAUUCUUCCUUGCAAAGAUGUCCCUGUGGUUUUCACAAUCAAGAGCCGUGAUAUUCGCAGUUCAAUGGAAUUAACUCAGUUUAGAGGGGCAGUAUCCAAAUAUCUUGGAGCAGGAUCUCAUUUUACCAAUGCGUUGUGUGCAGAAGUACAGACAACCAAAGGUUUUGUACUGGAAGAUCUCAAAAGAGAAGAGGGAGAAGGGGUAAUUCCUCUGAUCCUGAGAGAAAAGCCAAGCAAAGUCCACAUCAGAAGAAUUCUUCAAGUCACAAACAACUCACCUACCACAGUUUCCUCCACAAAUCCAACCCCACCUGCACCAGUCAUCUCUCCUCCAGAUACACCAACCAUCAUCACUGUUCCUUCCACCAAUCCUGUCACAGUUUCCCCCACUAAUCCAGGGGCAACACCUGUGACAGUUCCUUCUACUACACCAGCUUCUCCCUUAGCACCCACAAAUCCAGCUAAUCCAGGGCCUCAAUCAGUUACCAACCCUGCUACCUCAUAUCCACCCCCAUCAGGAAAUGGUCCUGUCACAAAUGCCCUUCCUCCUCCUCCAAACACAAAUGCUCAAGCCACGCCUGGGGGCCAGAGUUGGUGUGUGGCAAAGACUGGAGUUUCAGAAGCUACUCUUCAAACGGCAUUGGACUAUGCUUGUGGAAUGCCAAGUGUAGAUUGUUCACAAAUACAGCAAGGUGGGAGUUGUUACAAUCCAAAUUCACUUCAAAACCAUGCUUCUUUUGCCUUCAAUAGCUACUACCAGAAGAAUCCUGCGUCAACAAGCUGUGACUUUGGAGGCGCUGCAACCAUAGUUAACACCAAUCCAAGUUCGGGUUCUUGCAUUUACCCAUCUUCUUCAGGGGCAGGCACAUCCGGCUCUAGUGGCUCACCUUCAGUUUUAGGAUCCCAAAGCCCUCCUGAUUUAAAUACCUCAAAUCCAGCUGGUCUGAGGCCUUCUAUUAACUUUAUGGUCCUGGUGGUAUUAUCCUUAGUCAGCAUAAGACUCACUAUAUGAGUUUUCCUCAAUACACGUAGUGUUGGAGUUACAAUCAGUGUACAGCGCAAACAGCAGUAUGACAGUAGAAUGAAUAGAAGAAUAGAGACUACAUGAGGAUGACAGGUUGUGGUCUGGUUCAGGUACAAGAGUAGUGCGUAAUUUAGUAUGCAUUGGUCAGAGUUUGUGUUGGAAAUUCGUUUGCAUAUAAAUGAGGGUUUGUUACUAUUUUUCAAAAUGAUUCACGUGAAUAUGUCGAGUUAGAAUCCAGGUUAUUGAACUCAUGGAACAAUGUCACGCUAUGGAAGAGUCAAUUAUGAGAGCUUGUGGUGAUGUAGAAGAUUAAUAAAGAGGUGUUACGUUUCAUGGCAAUCAUUUCUGUAAAGCAGAGCAGCAAUUAUGAUACUGGUAGAUUGUGAAGGUUUUUUUUGGGAAACCACUCUAAGGGGCACUGUAGAUGAUCGUAGUGGACUUCUCAUGAUUAUAUGCUGUAGAGCAUGCAUGCUUUGCUGGUUUUGAAUCAUCAUAAGCAAUAUUUGUCCAUA